AUAAAACCCUCUUCUUUCUUCUUCAUUCCCAAAAACCAAUAGUCUUGAGAAAAUGUUUUCUCUUGCAGAUAUGCCCUCAACAACAUCAGUUUUAUCAGCCUACACCGCUUUCACAGCGUUCGCGGUCCUGAUGAGGACCGUGGUGACCGAGCUCCAAGCCAUAGCCAACCAGCUCGUGCCCGAGGGGAUCCGGGACAAGGUGUUGUCCAAACUCGGAAGCCUAUUCUGCACCGUCACUUCCCGAGCGAGUUUGGUGAUUGAUGAGUACAAUGGGCUUACCUCUAACGAAAUAUUCGAGGCUUCCGAGGUUUAUUUGGGCACAAAACUCAGCCCCUCAGCAGAUAGGCUCAAGAUCUCAAAGGCAGCAGAGGAGAAAGCCCUCUCAUUCAUCAUCACCAAAGGGGAGAAAAUCACUGAUACAUUUGAAGGCAUAGAAUUCAUCUGGGAACUCAUAGUCUCUGAAUCUAAGAAGCCCGGAGGCUAUAACUAUGAUCAGGGCUCAGAAACUACAGAGCAUAGAUCAUUUGAGCUUAGCUUCAACAAGAAAUUUAGAGAAAUGGUGUUCACCUCAUACAUACCAUUUGUGCUAGAAAGAUCAAGGGCCAUAAAAGAAGAGAAAAAAACCAUAAAGCUCCACUCUCUGGGGAACUGGCAUGCAAGUGUUAACCUUGAACACCCAUCCACCUUUGAGACCCUAGCAAUAGAUAGGGAGCUGAAGAAUGAAUUGAUUGAGGAUUUGGACAGAUUUGUUCGGCGAAAAGAUUACUACAGGAGAGUUGGGAAGGCAUGGAAAAGAGGGUAUUUGUUGUAUGGACCUCCAGGGACAGGGAAAUCCAGCCUGAUAGCUGCCAUGGCCAAUUACUUGAAAUUUGACAUCUAUGACUUGGAUCUUGCGAGCCUGCAGAGCAACUUGGAACUCCAAAGCCUACUAGCCACAACCAAAAACAGAUCCAUUCUAGUGAUUGAGGAUAUUGAUUGCAGCAUUGAAUUGCAGAACAGGAAUGCUGAACAAUGGCCUCACACUCACAACCAGGGUGAUCAAAGUCAGCUAACUCUAUCCGGAUUGCUGAACUUCAUUGAUGGGCUAUGGUCAUGCUGUGGCGACGAGAGGAUCAUUGUGUUCACAACAAACUACAAGGACAAAUUGGAGCCUGCACUACUAAGGCCAGGAAGAAUGGACAUGCACAUCCACAUGUCCUAUUGCACUCCCAGUGGAUUCCGGGUUCUUGCAUCAAACUACCAUGGCCUCAAAGAUGAUCACUGCAACUUCACUGAGAUUGACAAACUUUUGGGAGAGGUGGAGGUGACACCCGCAGAGAUUGCAGAAGAGCUGAUGAAGAGUGAAGAGGCAGAUGUUGCCCUUCAAGGACUCAUCAACUUUAUGCAGCAGAAGAAGAAAACUGGUCAGGGUGAUGAGGGGAAGGUGGGAAGGGAUAUUGGAAUCUGCAGUGAGGAAAUCAAACCAAUGGUUGAGAAGAGAGUGGUGAAAAACAAGAACAAGAAGAGGAGGAAGGUAAAAAAACAGGUAGUGCGUGGAUGGGUAUCGUAGCAUCUGCAACCAUUGAUAAGUGACCUGAGCUGGCCUGGGCUGGGCUGGCAGAACUGUGCUGUACUGAUCAUGGAGGACAUAAGUGGACUACUUGACCAAGGAGGGCGGCAAGGCUGUGGACCAUGAUUUGAAAAUGGUACCCAAGUAAAGAAAUGACAGUUGUUAUAUUUAACAAAUUUUGUAUUUUUGGAGUGUUCAAAACAAAAUAAAACUACAAUGUAUCUAAAAUAAAAUUGAAUUACAUGUC